GUAAACAAAAUACUAAUAAAAAUAUGUAUGUAAUGGAAGGCUUUAUUAAAUCUUGGAAAUGAUUUUCUUCCACCCCAAACACGCCCAACACUAGAAAACCUAACAUGCCUUUCAAAUUCCGACCGUUGAGAACCUUUUCCCGGGAAAACAACAUCCAACGGAAUUUCAAUUUAAAAUUCCAAACCCAACCCAGAAACCAUCACUGCCACUAUCCGAUUUCACACAAAGCCCUCUCUUACCUUUCCAAAUUUCACAAGUGCCGGAGCCCAACGAACGCAAAGCCAGAAAUUUUCACCAAGAAUUCCCAAUUUUACUUUCUGGGUAGGAGUAGGACUUUCGUCCACUAUGUUGCAGAUGCUGAAGAAAAUGCGCGGUUUGGGGAAGACCCGGAUGAUCAAACGGCUGUAUUAAUUCAAAACAUCCUCAAGUUUCGAAGGGACAAGCCGGCCGAGGAGAUUGAGUGGGCGCUCGACCGAUGUGGGUUUGUGCUGACAGAUUGUUUGGUUUUGGAUGUGCUGCGGAGGCAUCGGUCUGAUUGGAAACCGGCGUAUGCGUUCUUCAAUUGGGUAUGUAAAGGUGGAGGAGGAAGUGGGUAUAUGUCCGGGUCGGAUUGUUACAAUGAGAUUCUUGACAUUCUUGGCAAAAUGCGGGCUUUUGAUGAAGUCUACCAAAUGCUCGACGAAAUGCGCAUGAGAGAGGGACUUAUCAAUGAAGGAACGUAUGAGAUUUUGCUCAAUAGGUAUGCGGCUGCACAUAGGGUGGAGGAAGCAAUUGAUGUGUUUUAUAAGAGAAAAGAGUUCGGUCUCGAGCUUGAUUUGGUUGCUUUUCAGAAGCUUAUGAUGUGGUUAUGCCGGUAUAAGCAUGUAGAAGCUGCAGAAACUUUGUUUAACGUGAAGGGGAAAGAGUUUGGGAAGUAUAUAAAGACGUGGAAUAUCAUUCUUAAUGGAUGGUGUGUACGAGCAAAUGUAUGCGAGGCAAAAAGGUUUUGGAAAGAUAUAAUCGCGUCUAAUUGCAAGCCUGAUCAGUUUACGUAUGGGACUUUUAUAAAUGCACUGACCAAGAAGGGAAAGUUGGGUACGGCACUCAAGUUAUUUCAAGCAAUGUGGGAUCAGGGUUGCAACCCAGACGUGGUGACAUGCAAUUGCAUAAUCGAUGCCCUUUGUUUCAAGAAGAGGAUUCCUCAUGCUUUGGAAGUAUUUAAGGAAAUGAAUGUCCGAGGAUGUUGCCCAAAUGCAGCAACAUACAACUCACUUAUUAAGCACCUAUGCAAAAUACGGCGUAUGGAGAAGGUUUGUGAGCUUUUGGAAGAAAUGGAACAGAGGAAGGGUAGUUGUCUGCCCAACGAAGUAACUUUCAAUUACUUGCUUAAGUCGUCGAAGAAACCAGAGGAAAUUCCUGGCCUGCUGGAGAGGAUGCAGAGAAAUCAGUGCAAGAUGACUGGUGACACAUACAAUUUGCUGUUGAAGUUGUAUAUGGAGUGGGAUUGUCAGGAAAGAGUGAGAUAUACAUGGGAUGAGAUGGAGAAAAAUGGGUUGGGACCUGACCGACGAUCUUAUACCAUUAUCAUUCAUGGGUUCCAUGAUAAGAGAAGGAUCAAGGAAACUUUGCGCUAUUUCCGUGAGAUGACUUCAAAGGGGAUGAUACCAGAGCCAAGGACCGAAAUAUUGAUGGAUUCUAUGAAUGUCCAGUCAAAAAAGGAGGGUGGACAAGUGGAAAAGCAAGCGGAGGAAAAUGACAGUUUGACAUGGCCUUUGAGUACAGAAAUUUGAGAAAAAAGGGAGCAAGGUUGAACUUGACAUUAGUGUCUUUGUGGAACAAUUCUUGAAAACGGAGAUGGAAUUAUGUGCAUUGUUGGGACCAUGAAUGAUAAAGUUGCCAAAUUCAUACGUGCAGGUGCAACACUACGAACGAACUGGGGUAGACGUGAAGGAGAAUUAUUAAAGAUAACUUGAGACAGGGUAAAAGCAUAUUGUUAAAAUUACUUUUGCAUUCACAAGUAUUAUCCAGUUUAAAGGUUGUGUCUGAUUUUCGGAACUUGCUAGCAUUAUCGAGUGUUGAGUCAACAUGACUGUUAAGAGUCAAAGGCUUGAGUCUGCCUAUCUGCGCUGCCAAUGUGCAGAUUAAACAAAGCGCUGGCUAUCAUCAGUCGCAUUGUCUCUUGUCUAUAUAUGAUCAAAACUCUAGUUCUAUAUGUAAUGUAUUAGAAUUAUAAGUUAAUGGUUUUUCUAUUGAGCAAUCAAGAUUCGAUCAAGGCUAUUAAUUGUUGAAAUUCUGA